ACUCCCCUCAAACUCUUUCCUCUAUGUCCGGAGUGUUUAGCUUUCUAAAAAUCUAAAGAAACUAAUCAGACGAUCUAGAUUUUACGACAAAAAAUGCCACGAUCAGACCAGACCCGCGGAUACUCGGAUGGAGACAGCCUAGUCGGAGAGAUUGUACGAGAAGAAGGCCACAUUUACUCGUUAGCCGCAACUAAUGAUCUUUUGUACACAGGAUCGGAUAAUAAUCACAUUAGGGUUUGGAAAAACUUAAACGAGUUUAGUGGGUUUAAAUCGAACAGCGGACUGGUUAAAGCGAUAGUGAUUAGUCGGGAGGAGAAGGUGUUCACGGGUCAUCAAGACGGUAAGAUCCGGGUUUGGAAAACCUCUUCCAAGAACCCGCGAGUGUACACACGCGCCGGGAGCUUACCGGCUUUGAAAGACGUUUUGAAGAGUUCAGUGAAGCCGAGCAACUACGUGGAAGUGAGACGUCGUCGUACGGCGCUAUGGAUCAAGCAUUCCGAUGCCGUUUCGUGUUUGAGCUUAGUGGAAGAUCAAGGGCUCUUGUACUCGGCGUCAUGGGAUCGGACGGUCAAGGUUUGGCGUAUCCAUGACUUGAAAUGCAUCGAGUCCAUCAAAGCUCACGACGACGCAGUGAACACGGUUGCAGCCGCGGAGACCCUUGUGUUCACUGGCUCGGCCGAUGGAACUGUAAAGGUAUGGAAACGUGAGAUCAGAGGGAAGCGUACGGCUCACUCUCUCGUCCAGACUUUGUUAAAGCAAGAAUCAGCGGUUACGGCUUUGGUUGUCAGCCACGUGGCGGUUUACAGCGGUUCAAGCGACGGAGCUGUGAACUUUUGGGAGAUGGGAGAGAAGAAAAUCUUGAAACAUUGUGGUGUAUUCAAGAAACAUAGACUGGCCGUGCUCUGUCUCGCUGCCGCCGGGAAAAUGUUGUUUAGUGGUGCGGCGGAUAAGAAGAUAUGUGUGUGGAAGAGGGAAGGGAAGGUUCACACGUGUGUCUCUGUGUUAACCGGUCACACCGGACCGGUUAAGUGUUUGGCGGUGGUGGAGCCAACCGGAGGUGAAGAAGAAGACGGAGGAGAUGGGAGGUUGGUUGUGUAUAGUGGGAGUCUUGACAAAUCGGUCAAAGUUUGGAGGGUGCCACGUCAUUAAAUGUAGGAUUUUAUUCUGCUUUUGAGAGAUUUGGGAUUGUUUGUAGGUAAAUAACAACAAAAAACCAAGUCAAAUGAUGAAUUAUUAUGAGGUUCGUAGAGUAGGUUGAAUAUGAUAUCUUUUAAUAGUAAUUUAAUAUCUCUAUUAUACAUAUAUUAUUAAGCUAGGGUUAUCGUUUGAAUAUCAAUAAUAUUAUAAAGAAAUUGUUAUGCACUAGUUGGAGUCGAUUAAUCAAAGGAUAUA